CUCCUGCCCUGGGCAGGCGCCGACCUGCAGCAGCGCCGCCGAGGGACACCCGCAGGCUGGCUAACAGGAUCGGGGAGCCAUGAACUGGGGGGCGUUUGAGGGGCUCCUCCGCGCUGUCAAUGUCUACUCCACAGCCUUCGGCCGCAUCUGGCUCUCCCUCGUCUUCAUCUUCCGCCUGCUGGUCUACCUGGUGGCGGCCGAGAAGGUCUGGAGCGACGACCACAAGGACUUCGAUUGCAACACGCGGCAGCCGGGCUGCACCAACGUGUGCUAUGACCACUUCUUCCCCAUCUCCCACAUCCGCCUCUGGGCCCUGCAGCUCAUCCUGGUGACGUGUCCGUCCCUCCUGGUCCUCAUGCACGUGGCCUACCGGGAGGCCAAGGAGGAGAGGCUGCGUGAGAUCCAAGGGGACAAUUAUCGCUGCAAAUACCCCAACCCCGGCAAGAAGCGGGGCGGGCUCUGGUGGACGUACCUGCUCAGCCUCAUCUUCAAGGCCAGCGUGGACGUGGUUUUCCUCUACAUCUUCUUCCGCCUCUACAGGAACUACACCCUGCCCCGGGUGGUGAAGUGCGAGCUGCCGCCCUGCCCCAACGUGGUGGACUGCUUCAUCUCCCGGCCCACCGAGAAGAACAUCUUCACCCUCUUCAUGGUGGUCACCACCUGCGUCUGCGUGGUGCUGAACCUCAUCGAGGCCACCUACCUGAUCGGGAAGAGGUGCCACGAGCGCCUGGAGGCCGGAGGAGGGGACAGCCAGCAGCACAGCCACGACUGCCCCGUCUCCUGUGCCAACCCCGUGGGCACGGGCGGGCAGGUGUUCCAUGGGGCUGACUACAAACCCCCCACAGCCACCAUCCCGCUCACGGCCUCCUGCCCCAGCACGCUCUCCGAGGUUGAGGCUCCUUCCUAGAGCUGCCCAGGAGAACACAGGA